AACUUCACCGACGUGUUUAGGGAAUGUUGUGGCUCCAUCACCACUACUUAAGGUUCUAUAAUUUUGCUUCCAGGAGUUGGUACAAGUACCAGUAAAGUAGACAGAAAAUUCUCCUAAACACAGGCACAAAUGGGUGCCUUUGGCUACUUUGUGAUACUAUUUCUGGGUGUUUUGGGGCUUGUUGGCUCUGUUCAUGGUGAUCUGGAGAUGAAUUUCUAUGCCAAAAGCUGUCCAAGAGCUGAGAAGAUUGUGUUGGACUUUGUCAAUAAGCACAUUCCAAAUGCUCCAUCACUAGCAGCAGCUCUGAUAAGAAUGCACUUCCAUGAUUGCUUUGUGAGGGGUUGUGAUGGAUCUAUUCUUCUGAACUUUACUUCAAGUACUGGGAACCAAACUGAAAAGCUUGCUCCUCCAAAUUUGACAGUCAGAGGGUAUGAUUUCAUUGACAGAGUGAAGAGCUUACUUGAAGCUGAAUGCCCUGGCAUAGUCUCUUGUGCAGAUAUCAUUGCUUUGGUUGCAAGAGACUCCAUUGUUGUCACAGGAGGUCCAUUCUGGAGAGUACCAACCGGUCGGAGAGACGGGCGGAUUUCAAAUUUAUCAGAAGCCUUAGCAAACCUCGCUGGUCCAACUAAUAACUUCUCCACCCUCCAAACAAAAUUUGCAAACAAGGGACUUGAUCUAAAAGAUUUAGUUUUAUUAUCUGGGGCUCAUUCCAUCGGAAUAUCGCACUGUUCAUCGUUCUCAAACCGUCUAUACAAUUUUUCUGGUGUGGGGGAUCAAGAUCCUGCUCUAGACAGUGAAUAUGCAGCAAAUCUCAAAGCGAAAAAAUGCAAAUUGCCUAACGACAAUACCACGAUAGUAGAGAUGGAUCCGGGAAGUUUCAGGACAUUUGAUCUGAGCUACUAUACACUUCUGCUGAAAAGAAGAGGCCUAUUUCAAUCUGAUGCAGCCUUGACAACAAGCUCAACCACAAAGACAUACAUCACCCAACUUCUUCAAGGCUCACUCAAAGAUUUCUUUGCUGAAUUUGCCACUUCCAUGGAGAAAAUGGGUCGGGUUGAUGUCGAAACAGGAUCUUCAGGCGAGAUUCGGAAACAAUGUGCAGUUGUGAACAGUUGA